UGGCCCCGCUGGCGCCACAUCGCCUGCGGGAAGCUGCAGCUGGGCCGCGGCCCGGCCUGGCUCUACUUCCAGCUCUUCCACAGCCUCGUCCAGCCGGAUUCGCCUGCACGGCUCGAGUGGGCUGAAGCUGAGGCGGCGUGUGAGAGCGCCGAGGAGCUGGAGCAGGAGAGGAGCAAGCUGUCGGUGGACACCCUGCAGUUCCUGCUCUUCCUGUAUGUGCAGCAGCUGAACAACGUCUCCCUACGACGGUCCCUGAUCGGGGAGGAAUGGCCCAGCCCCAGGACCAAGUCUCCCAGCCUGACUGGGAAACCCACCAGUGAGAACAAGAACUGGAACGACCAGGAGCACCUCGCCUUCGUGCAGAGCCACCUCUCGGCGAUGCUGGAACUGCUGCUGGAUCCGGAGCAGCUCUCGGGCUCCUCCCACUGUUCCCACAGCAGCUCCGUGCCCUUCCAAGCCGUCUGUGCCCUCGGUUUCCUCCUGGAAGGGACAGUCAGCAAAUCCCGGGCAGUCCGUCCUCUCCAGGAACUGGCCCUUUGGCAACCCUGCCAGAGCCUCAAUGGCUUCUCCAGGAGCUCCAAAACCUUCUCCUUCCCCAAGCUGGAGAGCUGGUUGAGGUCCUGUCUGACAUCAAACCCUUUUGGAAUGACUGCCUGUCUCAAAGCUGGGAAGAAACUGGCCUGGGCUCAACAAGUUGAAGGCACAACCAGGAGAGCCAAGAUAGCCUGCAGUGCCUGUGUGGUGCCCCAGGUGUCCCCCAUGGUGAUAAUGAGCCAGGUGUACAAGCAGACCCUGGCCAAGAGCUCAGACACCCUGGUGGGAUCUCACGUCAGGAUCCACCGCUGCAACGAGUCCUUCAUUUACCUUCUCUCUCCUCUCAGAUCUGUGACCAUCGAGAAGUGCCGGAACAGCACGUUUGUCCUUGGCCCUGUGCAGGCAUCUGUUCAUGUCCACAACUGUGACAAUGUCAAAGUCAUUGUGGUUUGUCACCGUUUGUCCCUUUCUUCCACCACUGGCUGUACUUUCUACAUCCUGACCCCCACCCAGCCUCUCCUCCUUCCUGGGAACCAGGCCGUCAGCUUCGCCCCUUUCCACACCCAUUAUCCCAUGCUUGAAGACCACAUGGCUCAGGUGGGCUUGGCCACACUGCCCAACCACUGGGACAACCCCAUGCUGGUGGGGAAGGAGAGUGGGGACACCAGUGUCUUCCGCCUGCUGCCACCCAUGGACUUCCACACCUUUGUGAUUCCUUUUGAGAUGGAAGGAGACACCACGGAGACUCCAGGGGAGCUGCCUCCAGCCUACCAGGAGGCUCUGAGCCAGCAGGAGCAGAAGGUCCAGAUCUGGCAGAGAACAGUGAAGGAGGCAGGUCUGACCAAGGAUCAGAGGAAACAGUUCCAGAUGCUGGUAGAAAACAAAUUCUAUGACUGGCUGGUUCAGACAGGGAACCGGCAGCAGCUGGACAGCCUGGUCCCUCCUCCCCUGGGCUCCAAGCAGGCAGCAGGAUAA